GAAGGAGGGGGAGCGGGGGCAGGGUUUCCAGAAGAGGGGGAGGCCAUGGCUGCUGCGCGGCGUCAACGGCGCCUGCGACGGAGCGCGCGCCCGGCUUUGAAUGAGCGGGGUUGGGACUGAACGGGCCGAGCGCGAGCUCGAAGAAGCGACCGGCAGCGCGCGUGCGCGCGCCGCGUGCGCGCGCGUGGCCCGCAGCAGCUCGGAGCCUCUGCCCGGCGGGCGGGGAGGGGGAGGGGCAGGUUUUGAUUCCCACCAUGGCUAUCACACAGUUUCGGUUAUUUAAAGUUUGUACCUGCUUAGCAACAAUAUUCUCAUUCCUAAAGAAAUUAAUAUGCAGAUCUGGCAGAGGACGGAAGUUAAGUGGAGACCAAAUAACUUUGCCAACCAUAGUUGAUUAUUCAUCAGUUCCUAAACAGACAGAUGUUGAAGAGUGGACUUCCUGGGAUGAAGAUGCACCCACAAGUAUAAAGAUUGAAGGAGGGAAUGGGAAUGUGGCAACACAAGAAAAUGCUUUGGAACAACUGGAACCUGACUAUUUUAAGGACAUGACACCAACUAUAAGGAAAACUCAGAAAAUCAUUAUUAAGAAGAGAGAACCAUUAAAUUUUGGCAUCCCAGAUGGAAGCACAGGUUUCUCUAGUAGAUUAGCAGCUACACAAGAUAUGCCUUUUAUUCAUCAAUCGCCUGAAUUAGGUGACUUAGAUACCUGGCAGGAAAAUACCAAUGCCUGGGAAGAAGAAGAAGAUGCAGCCUGGCAAGCAGAAGAAGUCCUGAGGCAGCAGAAGAUGGCAGACAGAGAAAAGAGAGCCGCAGAACAACAAAGAAAGAAAAUGGAAAAGGAAGCACAGCGACUAAUGAAGAAGGAACAAAACAAAAUUGGUGUGAAACUUUCAUAACAAAUGUUCUUCAAAUGUCAUAGUGCCAGUAGGAGAAAUAUGAGCUCCACAUCCAAGCAACAUUUGUAUGGAUCUAAGAGUAUUUUCAUGGAGUACAAACACACUGCUUGAUUCCAGUGCAUUCAUCAGGCCAUUCAGGAAACCAGGAUUCUGUCAAAGUACUUUGAACUUUUAGGGAUUGAGACUCAAAAGAACAAAAAGGACUUCGGAGACAGUAUUUUCUUCAACAUGCUCCAACAUAAGAUCAUUGUUUGCUGUAGAAAAAUUAUUACAAAUGGACUAUACCAGUACCUCUUCAAGCUAUUGUUUCUAACUGAAUAAAUGGGUAUAAAUAAUUUUAUGGUGGGAAAGAACUCUGCUGUCUAUAAUGCUUUCUUUCAAUGUUCAUAAUGAUAAAAUAAAUAAUUUUAAUUAUUUGUUUGUGUCCGUGGUUACCUGACCUAAAUCAGACAAACUUGCAGGGCUUUAACUUCAUUUUUGUUGUCAGAAGCUGGUGUUAGCAUACAUUUCCUCUGACUUGAAGUGAUAUUGUUUAUGUUCAGUACCUUAAGGAUUUUGAUGAUUUUGGUUUUCAAGAAAAUAAAAUUAAAUGCAAUAAUUUUAUUUAUCAUAAAGAUUUUUGUACAUCUUUGUUUUCUUUUAGAUGGUGAUGUAAUGUUAUAAAUAUUUGUAAUUUAUAUUGCAUGUAUAAACAUUGAAAAUCAGGUAAAAUGGCAAAUUUGUUUUACAUUAUUAUGACUUGUGAGUUUUAAAAACUAGUACCAGUAGUUUUUCCCUUUUGUUGUAGAUUUUAAGAUGUUGUGGUCUCCUCUUUAAGUACCUUCUUUCCUCCUCCCCCAGAAGCCAUUAAUUUACAAUUGCAGAAAGCCUUCAGUUCUAAUAUUUCAAAGGUUUUAGAUGACUUCUAUAUCAGUUUUAGAUGUCUGACAUAAAGCAGGUUACCUGUGUUACUGGCUAAGAUAACGUUAUUGAUUUAUUUAAUUAUAAACCAAGAUAGGAAUAAUAGUAUUUUUAUUUUUGGGUGUUGACUAGCUCCAAAAUAGUUUUAAGGAAAUAAGAUACAUACUGUGUUCAUAGGGAAAAAAAUGUAGAUUUAAUAGUUUAACAUCCUAUUAAUUUUUUCCUCCACAAUUGAAAUACAUCCAGCCUGAUUUUCUAUGGCUUUAAAAUUUUUAAAGGUUUUUACUUUCUUAAAAGUUGUUGCCCCAGAUUAACAUUUUUUGUGGAUUUUUAAAAUGUCAUGGAUACAUUAUAGGCCAAAAAUUGCUAAUAUAUUUGAAUAAAAGUGAUAUUGCAUAUUUAAAAUGACAUAUUACAAUGAGAGCUUCCUAAAUUUAGCCUAAGCUUCCAGACUAAAUGUGAUUGUGGCAUCAGUUGAAAUUUAACUUUAGUAGAAAGCCUUUUAUAGCCUCAAACCACAUUUUCAGUUACAUUUAUUAGAGAGUUUUUGCCAAUAAAUUGCCAAAUAAAUAGAAUUAGACUGAAAAUUUUAAUAUAUAAAUGUACAUUCUCUUCCCUCAUUUGUAUUUAUUCACUUUUGGUUAUGGGAAUGCUACCUGAUUUUCUAAAUUUGGGGUUCAUAAAGGAUAACCUCCUCAUUAGUACAAUAAAUUUCACUGUUUUUCCCUAACAGCUGACAAGUA